AGCAAACAAACUCUCCAGAACUCCCUCUCAAGUGAUUGGCUGUGCGCAGACGCCUUUCUCUGCAGGUCUAACAGGUGUCUGAGUUUGAGAUCGCCGUAGCAACAAUGUCCAAUCAGGAGACUCCCGCAGCCAGUCCUCGGCAGGUGUCCCAUCGGGGACGCAGUGCCGGCCCGGCUGCCAACUCCAACAAAGACGCAGAGGAAGUCCCCGAGUUCGAGCCCUUCAUGCUCCUUCCCAGAGGCCCUCCACCUCUUCACGAGUUUCUUGAUAUCUGGGAUUUGGACAUGCUAAAGCAACCACACGAGGUCAACAAACAGAGGCACCAUACCCACCUGUACGCGAACAACCUUCUCAUCGUCCGCCGCGCUCAGGAAUUCGAGAUAAAGAUCACCUUCAACCGCCCUUACAAACCAGAGGAGGACAAGUUUGCCGUGGAAUUUGUCAUUGGUGCCAGUCCUCAGUACAACAAGGGCACCUACAUCCCCGUCUUCCCCAAGGAGGAGCAGCAGAGCACCUGGCGCGGACGGGUGGUGGACUCCACCGAAAACGUUGUCACUAUGGGCAUCACGGCGUCGCCAGAUUGCAUCGUGGGGAAGUACCGUUUCUACGUGGCGGUGGUGACGCCUUACGGCAUCCGCAGGACCAGGAGAGAUCCUGCCAACGACAUCUACGUCCUCUUCAACCCCUGGUCUCCCGCUGAUACAGUCUUCCUGGACGAUGAGGAGGAGAGGGAGGAGUGCGUACUUAAUGAACUGGGGAUUAUCUACCACGGAGCAUAUGAUGACGUAUCAGAGAGGGCCUGGAACUAUGGACAAUUUGAGUACGGGAUUCUGGACGCCUGUCUGUUGAUCCUGGACAACGCCGCCAUGCCCCUGACCAACCGAGGAGACCCCAUUAAAGUCACCAGGGUGGCAUCUGCUAUGCUGAAUUCCAAGGAUGAUGAAGGUGUUUUGGUGGGGAACUGGAGUGGAGACUACACUUACGGAGUGGCCCCCACCUCCUGGACAGGCAGUGUGGAGAUACUCAUGACUUACGUUGGCAGUAGGGAGCCUGUCUGUUACGCCCAGUGUUGGGUGUUUGCUGCUGUUUUCAACACAUUUCUGCGGUGUGUGGGGAUUCCUGGCAGAGUUGUCACCAACUUCUUCUCCGCUCAUGACAACGACGGUAACCUGAAAAUGGACAUCAUUCUGGAUGAAAACGGGAGAAUAGACAGAAAUCGCACCAAGGACUCCAUCUGGAAUUACCAUUGCUGGAAUGAGUGCUUCAUGUCCAGACCUGAUCUGCCACAGGGCUUCGGAGGGUGGCAGGUGGUGGAUGCUACACCCCAGGAGACCAGUGAUGGCAUGUACAGAUGUGGUCCUGCCUCAGUUGCUGCCAUAAAACACGGCCAGAUCUGUUACCCUUUCGACGGCCCCUUUGUGUUCGCUGAGGUGAACAGUGAUGUGGUGUUUUACCAAAGGAACAAGGAAGGCUCUCUGCAUCCUGUUAAGGUCAACCCCUCUCACGUUGGCCGUAUGGUGCUGACCAAAGCUCCACUGGGCGAGGGACGUCGGGACAUUACUGACCAGUACAAAUUCCCGGAAGACAGUGCAGAGGAACGCAGGGUGCUGGAGAAGGCUGAGGAGUUAGGCUGCCACAGACAGAAGCGUUCUGUCUCAGAGGGUGACGUGGACGUGAGCAUCCCCGCCAAGGAGGUCCGGGUAGGUGAGGACUUUGAGCUGGUUCUGGAGUUCAGGAACCGCAGCGGGCAGCGUCGCACGGUGGACGUCUACGUUAGCGGCACGGUGGUCUACUAUACCGGUGUGCCGAGCGCAGAAGUGGUGUUCAAGACCCCUACUGUCAAACUGGAGCCCCACAAAGAUUUCAAGGAGGUGAUCAAUGUUCGCAGUCAGGACUACAUGAGCAAGCUGGUGGAGCAGGGCAACCUGCACUUUAUAGCCACUGGUAAAGUGAAGGAGACGGGCCAGAUCAUCACUGCCAUGAAGACCAUCACCAUGCACAACCCCAAACUCAGAGUGCAGGUGUCUGGACAGCCUAAAGUGAAUGAAGAGAUGUGGGUUUCUGUGGAGUUCUUCAACUCCUUUAAAUUCAGUCUGGAGAACGUGAAUGUGCGCAUGGAGGGCCCAGGGGUCAUGCCUUACAAGUCCAAGCAGUACAGCGUGAUCGCCCCUUCUACCUCCAUAACCUGGACGGAGACGUUCACUCCUCGGAGAGCAGGGUACACUAAAGUGAUGGCCAGCCUGGACUGUGCUGCCAUCAGACAGGUGUAUGGAGAGGCUGACGUCAACAUUGUACCCUGAGGGUCGGCACGUCCAGA